AACCCCUCCAAGAAGAAGACGAGCUGGAUCCCAGAGCCUUGUUUAAAGAAAAAAGUCGACCUGACCGAGCUGAACCUGGGGAGGACGUGGAGUUAAUCUAUAUUGACGAACCAAUUUUCCACAAGUCACUACGUAUCGGAAAUCAUCUUCAGGAACCACUUCGGUCUGACCUUAUUGCGUUUCUCAAGCAAAAUUCUGAUGUCUUCGCUUGGAAGCAUGAGGACAUGAAGGGUAUUUACCCCGGUGUCGCAAGCCACAAACUAAACCUCGACCGAACAGUCCGACCAGUUGUACAAAAGAGAAGGAAACUGGGGCCAGAUCGUCAGAAGGCAUUGGAAGAAGAAGUCAAAAAAUUAGUUGACAACAAAUUCAUCAAGGAAGCCAAAUACCCGACGUGGGUCUCAAAUCCAGUGCUUGUUAAGAAGAGUAACGGGCUGUGGCGAUUGUGUAUUGACUUUUCCGAUCUCAAUAAGGCGUGCCCAAAAGAUAGUUAUCCACUUCCUCAUAUCGAUUAUAUGGUCGACGCCACGUCGGGACAUGAAUUGAUGAGUUUCAUGGACGCUUACUCCGGUUACAACCAAAUUCCCAUGGACCCCGAGGACUCUGAACACACUUCGUUCUAUUCGGCCCGAGGUCUGUAUUGUUAUACUAUGAUGCCGUUCGGACUAAAAAACGCCGGAGCCACGUAUCAACGUCUGGUCAACAAGAUGUUCGCACCAUUGAUCGGACACACUAUGGAAGUGUAUGUUGACGACAUGCUCGUCAAGUCGGUACACGCCUCUGACCAUAUAACGCAUCUCAAAGACAUGUUCGCCAUCCUUCGAAGUUAUUCCAUGGUACUGAACCCGAAGAAAUGUACUUUUGGAGUUGAAUCUGGAAAAUUUCUAGGUUACAUGGUAAGCCAGCGCGGGAUAGAAGCCAAUCCGGCCAAGAUAAAGGCCAUUCAAGAUCUAACUCCCCCAACCUCGGUCAAGGGCGUCCAGGCCCUAACCGGCCGACUUGCUGCACUCAACCGAUUCAUCUCCAAGUCUACCGAUCGUUGUAAGCCGUUUUUUGAAGCAAUCAAGAAAGGGAAACGUUUUGAAUGGACUGAGGAAUGUCAGAAAGCCCUUGACAAUCUCAAAGAGACGCUGAUUUCUCCCCCGACUUUGCAAAAACCGAAACCCGAGGAGAUGUUGUUCUUGUACCUCGGAGUUAGUGAAUCCGCCAUUAGCGCUGUCUUGAUACGCGAAGAAGGGUUGCUCCAAUCACCCAUCUAUUAUGUUAGCAAGGCCUUGCACGAUGCCGAACUACGUUACCCUCCGAUGGAGAAGUUAGCAUUUGCACUUGUGACAGCAGCCCGGAAAUUACGACCGUAUUUUCAAGAGCAUUCUGUGACUGUCCGGACUUCAUACCCACUCCGGCAAAUUUUGCACCGACCCGACACUUCGGGGCGCAUGGUUAAAUGGGCCAUCGAGCUCGGACAGUUCGACAUCCACUAUCAACCGAGGACUGCAAUCAAAGCACAAACCUUGUCUGACUUUAUCGCCGAGUUUACCCCGGCAAUCACAGUACAUUGCAAAAAUCACCCCUGGGUCCUCUAUAUUGAUGGUUCUUCAACAGCCAACCGAGCAAGAGCAGGGAUAGUCUUAGCUGACCCAGAGAAUCGGUUGUUCU